AAGCGUUGACAGCCGGGUGCGGCGACACACUGCAGUAAUGCAAACAGUCAGGGAGGCAGAGGCGGGCGGAUUGCUGUGGGUUCGAGGCCAACUAGGUCUACAAAGUGAGUUGAGGACAGCCAAGGCUACAAAAAGAACCCCUUUUUCAGAAAAAGGAAGAAGGAAGGGAGGGAGGGAAAGGAGAGAGAAAAAGGAAGGAAGGAAGAAAAGCUUUGACUAGGGGUGAGGGAACACAAGUGCAGAGGACACAUGCAGAGAAGGAACCACUGCAAAGCCGAAUGAGGCCUGGAGAAGCUGAUGCCCAGCUUCACCUUGAGCUCUGGAGUUGUUUAAGCCUCUGAAUGUCUUCUGCCCCUAAGUUAUGGUAAUUACUUUCAAGAAAGACAGGAUGACUGCUUGGCACACAACUGUUGUGUAAACAUGCCUCCAUCUGGCCUUGAACAUGUUAAGCCAGUCCAUCAGCUGGUGCCCCGGGAGCAGGAAAACAAAACAGAACAAACACCUCACCUUGUUUUAGGCUGCCAGGCUUCUGUGUCAGGACAGUGGGCCUGUGUGUAGUCCUGUGACUUAAACAGCCCUCAUUCCCACUCCGGGAUUCUUCUUGACUGAUGCAGUCCACAGCUGAGUUACACCCCCUCCCUGCUUCUCUUCCUGUGGGGGCCCUCUCCUUCCUUACACUACAGCUUAACCUGGGUGUGGAAUGCUUCUCUACAGUUAGCCAAAGCAGGACCCCUAGUCUGCAUGUGGGUAAUGACAGCCAUGGCCUCCACUGUCAUUUUCAGGUGGUACUGUGUCAUCCAAACAGCAAAACAAAGUGCCAUUCCUUCCUCUUCCAUGGCGAGUAGUGUAGUACCCUAUGGUGUCCUGCCUGUUCCUUCUAGGAGCUUUUCCUUGCAUGCUAAUGUAAGUGAGGAUAUGAGGGAGAGUUACUGGUUUUCACACACUCAUGUACUAACCUUGCUGUGUUACACAGGCCAUUUCUUGGAAAACUCUGAGGGGAAGUAUGCUGGAUAAUGUCACUCAGUUCCUGGUCAUCUGUAUGAGUAUGUCAGAGACUACUGAAAGAAAUUCUAGAUGUCAUUUGAACAGAAUUGAAUAGAAACCAAACACAUAGGUUUGAGCAUCACAGAUUUUCAUUUCUUUGUCUUUUGGGGUUAUAAAACUUUCUGUCACUGAGUCCAGCCAAAUAUUUUCAAAUUCAUUGACAUUUUGAGUUGAAAAGUGUAUGUUUGGGUUGGUUGGCCAAUGCUUUAAAUUCUGCACCCCAUUGUUCUUUUCUUUGUGGUAGCUACAUAAAGGUAAGUCGGUGGAUGAGGGUUGAGUCCCAACUGUUUGCUGGAUAUCCACAAAAAUCUUACUAUUUAUUAUAUUUUUUCAGUAAACACAUUGCAUAUAGUCUUUUAUGUCCUUUUUAGUGUUCCAAUUACAGUAUCUGAGUCAUUGUAUUGUAAAAAUGUGUUACUCUAAAGCAAAAAUUAAUGAUUGCUGUGUGCCACAGUUAUGUGUGUCAAAGGUUGGGACAGAUCAGUACACUGUUACUUAAGGAUGCCUUUAGUGUGUUUCUUAAGCAGUAUGUUCAGUAAUUGAUGGAUAAGCCCGGUCUGAAUGGAGAGUCAUUAGUGUUUCGAACCUGGUCAGUAAUACAGUCCUCGCUUUGCAUCUAGAGUUGGUUUCCCCACAGUCUCAUAGGACUGAAGUUUUUCUGGUGUCUGUCAAAAACUAUCCCUGAGGAACAGUAUCACAAAUACAGGAGUGCUUAUGAGUAUAGUUACGUCCACUCUCUUGUUAGGCUUGUCUCUAGGAACAGCUUCUCUCUAAGGUGAGAACAGCCGGAGUCCCAGUUCAGGAUUAGAAAGACUUUGCAGCAGUGUUCAAUGAGUCACAGUGUAUCCCCCUCUGGCCAGACUUUAUUUGUAUUUCCACUCCACAGGAAGUGAACAUUGCAAGUCUCAACUUUCCCUGAACUCUUGGCUUUAAUUAUAUUGGUUAAAAUCCCAAGUAAAUGAGAUGGUGGUGGCAGGCCUUCUGCCCUCCCCUUACAGGAAGCCCACACUGAUGAAAGUGGACUGAGCACAGCAGACACUUCUGUGUGAGGAACAGCGGUGGCCUGUGCUGGGCAGCAUCAGAGAGUGAUCCUGGCAGUCAGUUCUCCAUCGGAUCUGCUCUGGUUUUCUCAGGAACAAUGUUCCCACCUUCCCUCUGCCCUGGGUUCCUGCUGUUGUCCAUGUUGAGCAUUUUCUCUGCUGUCUGGAUCUCAGAGGAUAUGCUGUCAUUUUGGGAUGUGGCCAUUGAUUUUUCUCCAGAAGAGAGGGAAUGUCUGAACUCUGCCCAAUGGAAUUUGUAUAGGGAUGUGAUGUUGGAGAAUUACAGCAACCUUGAUUUCCUGGGUCUUACUGUCUCUAAGCCAUAUCUUGUGACAUUUCUGGAGCAAAGACAAGGACCUACGGGUGUGAAGAGAAAAGAGGCAGCCACUGUGCAUCCAGGAAGAACACUCAAUAAAUGUAAAGAUUACAGCAAGGCCUUUUAUUGUAAUUCACUGCUUAUUCAAUGCCAGAGAAUUCUUCCAGGUGAGAACCCCUACAAGUGUGAAGAAUGUGGGAAGGCCUUUCGUAUUCCCUCAAGACUUUCUACACACCAGAGAAUUCAUACUGGAGAAAAGACCUACAAGUGUGAAGAAUGUGGGAAGGCCUUUAAUACUCAUUCAAAACUUUCUGAACACCAGAGAAUACAUUCUGGAGAAAAGCCCUACAAGUGUGAAGAAUGUGGGAAGGCCUUUAGUGCUCGCUCAACCCAUUAUAGACACCAGAAAAAUCAUUCUGGGAAAAAACCAUACAAGUGUGAAAAAUGUGCUAAAGUAUUUUCUUACCCUUCACUGCUUAAGGUACAUCAAAGAGUUCAUUCUGCAGAAAAAUCCUACAAGUGUGAAGAAUGUGGGAAAUUAUUUUACUGUCCUUUAUUGCUUAAGAAGCAUCAAAUAAUUCAUUCCGCAGAGAAACCCUACAAGUGUGCAGAAUGUGGCAAAGCAUUUCAUUAUCCUUCAUUGCUUAAGCGACAUCAAAGAAUUCAUGCUGGAGAGAAACUCUACAAGUGUAAAGACUGUGACAAGGCAUUUUACUCUUCUGCAUUCUUUAAGCGUCAUGAAAGGAUUCAUUCUGAAGAGAAUUCCUACAAGUGUGGAGAAUGUGGCAAAAGGUUUUAUUCUUUUCCGCAUCUUCAGGAUCACCAAAGAUUUCAUUAUGGACAAAAACCAUACAAAUGUGAACAAUGUGGGAAAACAUUUUCCACUCUCUCAUACCUUCCUUGGCACAAAUUACGUCAUUCUGGGGAGAAAUCUUACAAAUGUGAAAUAUGUGGCAAAAUGUUUUACUCUACUUUAGACCUUAAAAAACAUCAAAAAAUUCAUGCAUAUAAGUGUGGGGAAUGUCAGUAUACUUUUCCUAAUUACUCAGCCCUUACUGCACACCAGAGAGUUCAUACUGGAGAGAAACCCCACAUAUGUGAACAAUGUGGAAAAGCCUUUUCUAGGCUUGAUAGCCUCAAUCAGCACCAUAUUGUUCAUACUGGAGAGAAACCUUAUAAAUGUGAAGAGUGUGGCAAAUGUUUUUUCCGGUCUUCAUCCCUUAAAAGACAUCAAGGAAUUCAUUCUCUGAGCAGAUCCAAUGGAGAACUGACCAUUGAUUUCUCUCCAGAAGAGAGGGAAUGCCUGGUUCCUGCUCAGUGGAAUUUGUACAGGGAUGUGAUGUUGGAGAAUUACAGCAACCUUGUGUUCCUGGGUCUUGCUGUGUCUAAGCCAUACUUGGUAACAUUUCUGGAGCAAAACCAAGGGCCUUCGCGUGUGGAAAGACGAGCAGCAGCCACCAUGCCUCCAGGAACAACAGUCAAUGAGUUUAACGAUCACAACAAGGCCAUUGAUCAAAACUCACUACCCAUUCAAUGCCAGAGGAUUCAUUCAGGAAGGAAACCCCACAGGUUUGAAGAAUGUGGUAAGCUCCUUAGUGCACACUCAACACUUUCUAGACACCAGAGAAUUCAUACUGGAGAAAAACCCUACAAGUGUAAAGAAUGUCAUAAAGCCUUUAGUACUCGCUCAUCGCUUUUUAUACACAAGAAAAAUCAUAGUGAUGAAAAAACUUACAAGUGUGAAGAAUGUGGCAAAUCAUUUUACUUUCCUUCAAUGCUGAAGCAGCAUCAGAUAAUUCAUUCUGGAGAGACACCUUAUAAGUGUGAAGAAUGUGGCCGAUCAUUUUACUAUCUUUCCACACUGAAGCAGCAUCAAAUAAUUCAUUCUGGAGAGAAACCCUACAAGUGUGAAGAAUGUGGAAAAUCAUUUCACUGUCUUUCAACGCUGAAGCAACAUCAAGGAAUUCAUUCUGAAGAGAAAAGGUACAAGUGUGAAGAAUGUGGCAAAUCACUUUGCUAUCUUUCAUGUUUUAAGGAACAUCACAGAAUUCAUUCGGGAGAGUAUCCCUACAGAUGCAAAGAAUGUGGCAAAGGGUUUUCCCGUUCUGUUCACCUUCAGGAACAUCAAAGAACUCACACUGGAGAGAAACCAUACAAGUGUGAAGAAUGUGUAGAAUGUAGCAAAAGGUUUUCUCGUUCUGCACGCCUUCAGGAACAUCACAAAGUUCACACUGGAGAGAAACCAUGCAAAUGUGAAGAGUGUCACACAACCUAUCACUCAUUUCUUAGGAGACACAGGGCAGCGCAUACUGCAGAGAAAGCCUACAAGUGUGGAGACUGUGGCAGAUGUUUUCCUUCUCUUCAUCUUAUAUGACAUCAAAUUGUUCAUUCUAACGCCAGUUCCUACAAGUGUGUGGAAUGUGGCAGAGCCUUUGCCAUGCUGUCUGCGCUUACUAAGUUCAAGCUGGUUCAUUCCAGAGAAAAACCAUAAAAAUGUGAAGUAUAUGGGAAAGCCUUUUCUUCUAAUGCUUCCUUAAUUCAGCACAAGUUAUGUCAUACUGGAGUAAAAUCUUAUCAGUGUAAAAUGUAGCAAAAUGUUUUAUUCUACUUCAAGACUUAAGAAAAUAAAUCAUCGUCAAGAGAAACCAUAGAAAUGUGAUGUAUGUGGAAAAGCCUUUUCUAUUAAUUGUUCCCUGUUUUGGCAUAAAAUAGUUCGUACUGGAUAGAAAUGCCACAAAUGUGAAAAGUGAGGUGUAAUGGUUGUACCUCAAAUUGAAGAGACAUGAAAAAAUUUAUUGUCAAGAGAAACCCUACAAACAUGAAGGAUGUGUCAAGGACUUUUAUACUCACCAAGAAUUUGCUGUACACAUGAGAGCUCACACCAAAGAAGAACCAUACAAAUGUGAAGCAUGUUAAAGAAUCUUUUCUAUUCUCUUAAACCAUCUCAACAAAUUAUAUCAUACUGGGGAGAAAUCUUACUAAUGUGAAGAAUGUGGCAAAAUGUUUUGUACUAUUUUAGAUCUUAAACAUCACAAUCCUCAUCCUGGAGAAUAACCAUAUAGGUGUGAAGAAUGUCUGAUUCUGUGACCUUACAUCUGUGUAACAAUUAAUUAUUUUGGAAUAUUAAAACAAAUGUCUAAUGUCGACCAGCACAGACGCUAAGACUGUGGUCAGAGAACUGUAGAGAUGUCUCCUUGAUGCGUCUCCUCACCCCGUUGUAAAGUAGUGUGUUUGAACCAUGCCUUGAUUGAGAAAUUUCUUUCUUCUGUAACUAUCAAUGUACCACGGAGCUGUUACCGUGCUGUUACACGGUUCUUUGGCCGACUGGAUCUGAGUUCUGGGCCACGCGGUACUUACUGUGCUUUUCUAGGUGGGGAUCACCCCCGUUCCUGUAAUAAUGUCUCUUCUGGGUAUGUAAGAAGCUCUAUGAAUUCACCUUUCUCACAAUGUUGGUGAAAUGAUCUGCAUUGGUACCAAUCUGAGGUGAAUGGGCUUAGUGUUUCUCUCCCCAGGAAACGUGAUAGAGCUCAUGUCAGUCAUAUUUGGUUCCAGAAUAAAGAAACUCUUAUCCUCUAA